AUGGCAGAUCCUAAUUUUGGGAACAAAACAGGAGAGUGGCCUCCGAAACUCGGUUAUCCACAGACAUCCAAUCCUUAUACAUACGCAAAUCAGAUUUCUAACAGCCAACCUCCUCCAAGUUUAUCAAAUAAUAGUAUACAACCUUCACAAACAUUCGUACCACCAGCUUUUCCAUCUUCCCAAGCCAAUGGAAUUCCAUCUUUUCCUGCUCAAGGACCUACUCGCUUGGCUCAACCUGGAGUAACAGCUUCCCAACCACCUUCUGCAUUUAAGCCAUAUAAUCAACAAAACUCUGCACCUGCACCUCCUAAUGGAAGUGUGGUAAGACCGCGACCUCCACCACCUGGCCCGGCUCAGCCUAAUGCUCCGUUACAACAUCCAGCGUCCGCACCAAAUGUCCCACAGGCUGCGCAAUCAACAUUUUCCGCGCCUCCCAUGCCUGGCAUGAAUACAAUGCCUCCAAAUCCUGUAUCACAAUUCGCAGCACCUCCACCAGCCAUGAACUCAUCUUACUCUGCACCACGAAACGCUUACGCUCCACCGGUAGCUUUUCCUCCGAAUACAGCAGAGGUAGCCAUGUCCCAGAAUGCUACCAUCAGUGCUCCACAACCUGCUCAAGCUGCUAUGUACAAUCCUAAUCCCCCAGUCAUGAAUGCUCAACCUUCUUAUGUGAAUCCAGGUUUCAAUCCCAGUAAUACAACUCAAAAUGCUCCCACCUACGGGGCUCCAUACCAACAGCCGAACUCUUACCCCCAAGGAAAUAAUGUCGGAUAUGGUACACAGCAGCUUCAACAAGGUUUCAAUCAGAUGAACGUUUCAAACCAAGGCGGUUGGAAUGGACAAGCCCCUAAUGUGGAUUUGAUGACUGACAGAAAUGUGAUUCAUCAAUUCAAUGAAGAAGUUGCAUAUGAACUUCCUCCCAAUAUGGCGAACAGUCAAGCUAGAAUUGACACGGGUGUGUUCCGCAGUACUUUGAAUGCUGUUCCUCAAACUGAAGAGAUCUUGAAGAAGAGUCGGUUACCAUUUGGCUUGACUUUACAUCCUUUCCGAGAUAUGAAGAACCUCAAUAUAAUUCAAACUUCUGUUAUCGUGCGAUGUAAAUAUUGUCGAACAUACAUAAAUCCUUUCGUGCAAAUGCCUGACAAUCGUCACUGGAAAUGUAACUGUUGCAAUAGGCUUAACGAAUUGCGCGACGAUUUCUGCUGGGAUCAUGUCACAAAGACUUUUGGUGAUCCCGUUCAUCGCCCGGAAAUACAGCACGCAACUGUGGAGUUUAUAGCACCAUCAGAGUAUAUGCCUGUUCGGAAAAACUUAGCAGGUGUUAAUGAGUUGAGACCUCCACAACCCGCUGUUUACGUUUUUGUUAUCGAUGUUAGUGCUCCUGCCAUUGAGUCUGGUUAUCUCUAUACUUUAUCCGAGCAACUCUUAAUCAACUUGGAUGUAUUACCUGGUGAUGAUCGAACACAGCUUGCCUUUAUUGCUGUCGAUUCCAGUAUUCAUUUCUUCCAAUUCUCUUCUACCGGUAACCUUCCUCCUAAGCAACUAAUCGUAGAUGAUAUCGAUGAAAUGUUUUUGCCUACAAACUCUGGUCUACUAGUUUCCUUAAAGAAAAACAAAGAGAGGGUACGAGCUUUUAUUCAACAAAUUCCAACAAUUUUCGAAAAGCCGACUAGCUCAGUUAAUUGUUUGGGAGCUGCUCUCAAUAUAGCUCAUGAGCUCAUUGCGGAUAUUGGUGGAAGAAUAAGUUUGUUCCAAGCUACGCUACCUUCUAAUGGUCCAGGAGCUCUCACAUCCCGAGAAGACCCUAAUCAAAGAGCGGCUCCAGAAGUUCAAAACUUAGGACCUGCUAACGACUUCUACAAACGAGUUUCACUUGAGUGUACAGGUCAUCAAAUCGCUUUGGAUUUGUUUAUGUUCAAUAGCCAGUAUUCGGAUAUCGCUACUUUAUCGGAAGUUGCAAAGUUUUCAACUGGGUGCGUCUAUUAUUUCCCUAAUUAUCACUGUCUGAAUGAUACUGUUCAAGUGAAGAGAUUCGAGAAAAUAUUGAGUAGAUAUUUAACUAGAAAGAUAGGUUUUGAAGCCGUUCUCAGAAUACGUUGUUCAAGAGGGUUAGGGCUAUCUGCCUUCUACGGUAAUUUCUUCUUGCGUUCGACGGAUUUGUUAGCUCUCGCAAAUGUUAAUCCUGAUUCUGCCAUUGCUGUGCAGGUCAAUAUGGAAGAGAAGCUUGGCCCUACAGUAUCGUUCCAAGCAGCUCUUCUUUAUACCUCUAGUAAAGGAGAUCGACGCAUUAGAGUACAUACUAUAUGCUUACCUACUACAACAGACCUUAAAAAGGUUUAUUCUUCGUUUGAUGUGAAAGCUGCGAUCUCUUUGUUAGCGAAAAUAGGUGUGGAGAGAUCGAUGACUGGAAGUCCACUAUCCGAUUCACGCGAGGCUAUUGUUAAUGCUGUUGUUGAUACUCUGGGUGCUUAUCAGAAAACAUGUGCAGGAAGAGGAAAUCUUUUUGCGCCACGUGAAGGCCAUUUGCGUAUGUACCCUCUUUUUGCCCUGUCGAUGCUGAAACAUAAUGCUUUCAUCGCUGGAAGAAGCAUACGUUUGGAUGAUCGAGUUGGAGCUAUGUUGAACUUGAGGUUUUCACCUCUUGAACAAAUUCUAUCAGAGUUUUAUCCUAAGUUAUAUCGAAUCAAUGAAAUCACUCAGUUUGGAAACAACGAAUGGCCUCCAUACCUCCCUCUUAGUUUCGAACAUAUCAACCGCGACGGAGUUUACUUUAUGGAAGCUGGCUCAUCUUCUUACCUGUAUGUAUCUUCAUCGUCAGAUCAAAACGUAGUAAGCGACUUGUUUGGAUGUCAGUACUCACAAAUUGGAGAGACGUUCACCGAACUGUCAAACCCUAUGUCGGAAAAGUUUUUUGCAUUCCUCAAGCAUGUUAGCAGUCAAAAGUUUUAUUUAGGACCUGUCAUAAUAAUCAAAGAAGAUUCUCCGAAGCGAGAACUAUUCGUUAGAAAACUCAUUGACGACCGAAGCGAGUCCUCACAUUCGUACAUUGAGUUCUUGCAGCAUAUCAAACGUGAAAUUUCUAAUAACUAA